AUGUUCACAAUCAGCCCCAACGAACCCGUUUCUGCACGCUUCGCUUUAACGAACAAAAAGGAAUGCACCCCUGUGUCAAUGAGAGUCCGAUUCAAAUCCCGGCAGCCAUGCCGGGAUAUUCAAUUUGGCCAGGUGCACGUCGUUUUCCCCGCGACGCGGACAGACAUGAAGUUGAUUCUCAAAGCCGACCCCCGUCAGUACGACGCCUUCAUUGAAGCAGACCAGAAAUCAGCAAUAACUCUGCCUGGUCCAGUUGAACCCGUCGCUAGCCCAGUUUCAUGGUCUGCCAUGGGAACUGAAGGGUGA